AUGUUUGGUAGAAACGCAAUUGGAUCAAUUCUGAAGCGCAGCAAAGAAGCGUGUUUGAUUCAGAAGCUUACAGGGAGGAGCAAAACGACGGCGUUUCCUUUCUCUCAUCCGUCUAUCGCCGAACAACAAUCGUUCAAGCUUUUCAAUCCCUCCGUUUCCACGCAUUUCUUUCGAACUUUCCGAUCUCAUCUUGUUCCGAAGGGUCAUCAUGUGCCAUUCACGAGGAACUUUUCUAAGACGGUGUCUGCUGCGGCCGGACAUAAGGAGGGGUUGAAGCUGCUCGUGACAGGAGGUUCUCAUGCACAGAAGGCAAUUGGAAUAUGGCUGUUUAGCUCUGCGGCAUGGGUGUUUAGCAUGGUGAUACUUGGUGGUUUAACGAGACUUACUAGAUCCGGUCUUUCAAUGACUGAUUGGAAAUUUACGGGUGAGUUCCCUCCUUUGACAGAUGAGGCAUGGUUGCAAGAGUUUGAGAAAUAUCAGCAGUCACCUGAAUACAAGCGUGUUAACAAAGGGAUGAAGAUCGAAGAAUUCAAGUUCAUAUAUUGGAUGGAAUAUGGACAUCGUAUGUGGGGGAGGGCAUUGGGAUUAAUGUUUGCCUUACCGUAUUCAUAUUUUCUUCAUAAAGGGUAUAUUACAGUGAGAUUAGGACUUAGACUCUCUGUUUUGUUUGGUCUUGGUGCCGGGCAGGGUCUCAUCGGCUGGUGGAUGGUUAAAAGUGGUUUAGAGGAACCACCAACUGAAUAUUCUCAGCCAAGAGUAAGCCCUUAUCGUCUUGCUGCCCACCUUACAUCAGCAUUUGCUAUUUAUUGCGGUCUCUUUUGGACUGCACUUUCUGUUGUUAUGCCUGAGCCACCUGCCGAAUCACUAACAUGGGUCCGUGGGGCAGCUAAAGUGAAGAGGCUUGCGUUGCCUGUCAGCCUACUCGUUGGUCUUACUGCCGUCUCCGGUGCAUUUGUUGCAGGAAAUGAUGCUGGACAUGCAUUUAAUACUUUUCCAAAAAUGGGCGACACAUGGAUCCCAGAAGACAUACUUGAAAUGAAACCUCUGAUUCGUAAUUUCUUUGAGAAUACAUCGACUGUACAGCUCAAUCACCGGAUCCUUGCUACUGCAACUCUAAUUUCAGUGAGUGCCUUAUGGCUGUUAACAAGGAAACUAGACAUACAUCCUGCAGUACGGUCUGUGAUCGGAGGUGUCUUUGGCAUGGCAUCUCUUCAGGUCACCUUGGGAAUUUCAACCCUUCUUUCAUAUGUACCUGUUUCAUUGGGUACUGCGCAUCAGGCCGGAGCCUUAACGCUUUUGACGUUUAUGUUACUGCUUAAUCACACCGUUCGAAAGCCGUCUUUGGCGCUUCUCAAAUCUCUGCCUCAGGCUGUCAAGGCUCACUAA